ACUUGUUUCAUCUCAAGGAGUCAGGACAGAACACCGCUAUGAGCUCAGGGGUCCCAUUACUGAAAGCCCUCCUCCUCCUAUUAGCAGGCACUGGGAGAGCUCAAGUGCUGGCAACAGGCAAGUCUGCUGGGACUGAGAUCGAUUUCAAGUACGUUGUUAUCGGUACGGCAUUAGGAGUAGCCCUAUCUGCCGGUUUCCUUGCCCUGAAGAUUUGCAUGAUCCGGAGACACUUGUCUGAUAAUGACUCUACAGACCUGAAGAACACACCCCAGGGCGCCAUCUUGUUGAAGGAGAAAAGCCUCAGAGAUGCCCGGGCGAUUGAGCUGUGAGCGGCCAGCUACAUCAGAAGAAGCUUUAUCUAUUUUGAGUCUGAACAUCCAAGGCCAAUGACUCGUCAGUACCUGGACCCAGUGUAGGAGCAGGCACUAAAUGGACCAUGAUUGGCAGCACCCGUGUCUCAAGGAAAGCUGUUACUCCUGUAAGAGUGUCUGUCCAGGGGAAGAACAUGAAUGAACAGCAGAGGGAAAAGGAACCCCUAAAUCUGUAUUUCUCAACCUAGGUGCCGAUGUAGGAGCUGUGCAAGCUUCUACAACAACACUGUAUCUAUGUCAAUAAAACCGCACCCCAACAUGGCUCAUGGACUAAGCCAAGACAGCUUCCUCCUCAGCACUGUGGGGCUAUAAGCACUCGGGCCCAGUUUUGUAGAACUCAUGGCCUUGCAGUCUUAACUGCCAGGAGAUUCCUGCGUUAAAGAAUAACCAUGUACGUAUCCAGGGGAGCUGAUGAGUCAGUGGGCGAGGCUGACCUUCUAUGGGAUCAGAGGACAGCCUAGGGCGAAGUGAGAAGAAGGAUGUUGACAGCCCUGGGAAGGAGGAGAUUCGGAGCAAGCUGGCACGGUGCCUUAUGGAGAGCUGGGAAUGCAGGCUGCCAUUGUUUCCCACACACAAUGACUUUGAGCUGAUUGUUGCAGUGCUCAUCACAUCCGAAUGAAAGGUUCGGGAACCCCACACUCUGCUACUCUUGUUAUCAGAAUAAAAUUCAGAGCACAGGCUCUGGGAACGUUCCCUCGAAAUCUGUCUUGGAAGACUCUACUUUUCCAGUCUAUACCAAGGCAGGUGGCUGUGUGGUCCGGGUCUCCUCAGAUGGCUUACCUUUAUCAUGCUGUGAUGAAAGAAAAACUAUUUUUCAAAACGAAGCGCUGCGUUAAAAUAAUGUCUGGAUUCCCAGGGUGUCUUGUCUGCCUUGAUAACAGUGCCUCUCAUUAGCAGCCUCUGUUAGCUGAUCACCUGAAGCAGUUACAUGGUACUCAUAAGCAAUCUUCCGCGUGCGAGAUAGAAUAAAUCAUCGUGUACUGGA